UUCCCACCCAGAGAAAACUCAACCUCACGGUGAGUCUAUAUCCCAGAUUGGUAUUCAUCUCUACGGAACCGCGAUUCGAACGAGAUUCGACCACUUUUACUGGAGAUUUUUUUCGUUUUUUGGCACAUUUCGCCGCAAGUUAUGCGUAAAAAGUCGCAGCGCUGGUCGUUACGCAUGGUCACCGCUGUGGAUUUACAAACACGUUGCUGCAGGUGAACACCCACAAAGGAACGCUAUUUACAAACAACCUUUUUUGUCAAUGAGGAUUCAGUAUGAAUGAGGAAAUCAGUAUGAAGAUUGUGUGGAUGUUGGUGUUGUGCAUCGUUGAUUUGUCAGGUGCUGUGAUUGACUUAACCAUGAUAUCAACAGCAGAGGUCACCAAAGUCAAUCACUUUUCCAUCUCAUGUGUCAACGGAGAGCGCACCCCUGCACAUGUGGAAUUGGACAUCAAGAGAGAUAACAAAAUCCUCAUAUUCCCAAAAAUGCCAAACUUCAGACUACAUAAACCCAGAAACAAAAAAGUGGUAGCCAGAGAGUUCAAGGACCUGGAUAACAUCGGUAUCUUUUACUGUGAAUCCACUCAGGAAGUUCCCCCGCUUGAGACGAUCACAAUGAUCAACAACUUUGGCAGAGCAAAUUUUGUUCCAAAUCACCUGACUAUGACUGCUAAUAAAGGGGAAACGGUUCACCUCAGCAUGCAGCUCCUGAGCUCCCAAAAGAGGGACGUGACCUGGAAGUACAAUGGAAAUUACUACUACAUGACUCACUGGAACGACAUGGUCAACCAAACUGCUGUUCUGACAGUGGAGAACGCAGCUUUCGCCAAUGAAGGCAUCUACAGUGCCAGCUACGUGGGGGACAGUCCUUUGCAGGGGGCCUGGAUGAGGCUCAUUGUCAGAGAUUGUCCCAAUAAGAAAUGGGGUCCUGACUGUGACACGGACUGCCCAGAGUGUCUCAACGGUGGAGUUUGUCAUGAUGUGGAUGGAGACUGUAUCUGCCCUCCUGGAUUUAUGGGAACACGCUGUGAGACAGCCUGCAGAGAAGGAAUGUUUGGCCGAAACUGCCAAGAGUCAUGCAGCUCCGAGCUGAACUGCAAGGGCCUUCGCUUCUGCCUACCUGACCCUUACGGCUGCUCCUGCGCUAGCGGCUGGUUCGGGAGCCGUUGUGAGAAGGGCUGCCAUGAUGACAUGUACGGACCAGACUGCAGGCUGAGCUGUAGAUGUCAGAAUGGAGGCAUGUGCAAUCGCUUUAGUGGAUGUCAGUGUCCCACAGGAUGGAGAGGACAGAACUGUGAGAAAUCUGACCGAGCUCCCGAGAUCUUGGACUUGGACAGUCAUUUAGAGUGGAAUCUCAACUCUAGCCCAAAGAUCUUCUGUUCAGCCACAGGCAAUCCUCUACCCAGCCAUGACAGCAUUGAGCUCCGCAAGUUGGACAGCACUGUGCUCAAGGCCUCACACACUGUCAUGGAUUCCAAUAAAAGCAUAGCCAUGUUUGAGAUUCCUCGUCUGAGUGCCCAACAAGGAGGACUAUGGGAGUGCAGGGUGUCGACCAACGGAGGCCAGGACUCCCGUAAAUUCAAUCUUACCAUUAAAGAACCACCGGUGCCAACCACUGCUCCAAUAUUGCUGGAAAAGAGAAGUAAGCAGCUACUUGUGAUGCCCAUGGACUGCCACAAAGGAGACGGGCCCAUUGUCUCCACCAGGCUUCUCUAUAAGCCUGUUGAGAACGCCGAUUCUUGGUCCUCCAUUAUCGUCUACAGUGACAAAGAGCCCAUCACACUGAUGAACCUGGAGCCUUCAACACAGUACCAUGUACGGGUCCAGCUGACUCGCCCUGGUGAGGGAGGAGAGGGGGCCCCAGGACCAGAGGCUAUCAUGGAAACUGAUUGUCCUGAGCCCACAUUUCGACCAGAGAUUGACAUCAGCUUGGUGGAAGGUCGCAAUGUCACUGUGCGAUGGCGACUUCCCAGCAACAGCGGCAUUAAUGCCGACACAGCCAGUGGUUUUUUAGUGCAGCUCUUUGGUCCACCACCACACAGUGAGAAACUACUGGAAGCGACUACAAUGUUAACUGUUCUGUCAAAAAAGUUCUUCAACUUGGAGUACCAGCAAGACUACACAGUGGUGGUGCGCCUCAUCAACUGUGGCAGCCAGGGGCCUCCCUCCAAGCCCUACCACGUCCGCAUCAACAGCCAGGGCCCAUCACCCCCACGCAACGUCCAGACGCUGCCCUUGUCCGUGUCAGCCAUCCAGGUGAGGUGGCAGCCACCUGAGGAUGCCAAUGGGGGCGUCAUGAAAUAUGUAAUUGAGUACCAGCCAGUGAGCCAGGGGAGCCCACACCUUUGGGUGGACACAGAUGACGGAAACAAGACCGCUAAAGAUGUCACGGCGCUCAACAGCAGCACACUUUACCAGUUCAGAGUGAGAGCUUUCUCCAAGGUGCCAGGAGAGUGGAGCAAGUUUGUCCAAGAAAUGACACAAGGUGAAGGCUUGGAGAGUUUAACUCCGACCACCCAAGGUGUGGCUCGAAGGCCUGCUGGGGACAACUAUCAGCUGCUGGUGGCAGUGGUGGGAUCAGUGACGGUAACCUGUGUGACCAUCCUGCUGGCACUGCUCGCUUUCUUCUUCAUCCGCAAAACCCUACUCAGCCGGCGACGCACAUUCACCUACCAGUCUGGAUCGGGUGAGGAGACAAUUCUGCAGUUUAACUCUGGAACUCUGACCCUGACACGAAGGCCUAAGCCCAUCCCAGAGCCCCUUACCUAUCCAAUCCUGGAAUGGGAAGACAUUAAAUUUGAGGAUGUCAUCGGAGAGGGCAACUUUGGACAGGUGAUCAAAGCCAUGAUCAAGAAGGAUGGAAACAAGAUGAGCGCAGCCAUAAAAAUGCUGAAAGAGUUUGCCUCAGAGAAUGACCACCGAGACUUUGCAGGGGAACUGGAGGUGCUGUGUAAACUUGGCCAGCAUCCCAACAUCAUCAACCUGAUUGGUGCCUGUGAGAACAGAGGUUACCUGUACAUAGCCAUAGAAUAUGCUCCCUAUGGCAACCUUCUGGACUUCUUGCGUAAGAGUCGCGUCUUAGAGACAGACCCAGUGUUUGCCAAGGAACACGGCACUGCCUCCACUCUCACCUCACAACAGUUGCUGCAGUUUGCUGUUGAUGUGGCGACUGGGAUGCAUUAUCUUAGUGACAAGCAGUUCAUUCACAGAGAUUUGGCUGCCAGGAAUGUUCUUGUCGGUGACAAUCUUGUGGCAAAGAUAGCAGACUUUGGUCUAUCCCGGGGUGAGGAGGUUUAUGUCAAGAAGACAAUGGGACGGUUGCCUGUUCGCUGGAUGGCCAUCGAGUCUCUGAACUACAGCGUAUACACAACGAAAAGUGAUGUGUGGUCUUUUGGAAUUCUCCUGUGGGAAAUUGUAAGCUUAGGAGGCACACCAUACUGCGGAAUGACGUGCGCUGAGCUUUAUGAAAAAUUGCCACAAGGCUACAGGAUGGAGAAGCCCAAAAACUGUGACGAUGAAGUUUAUGAGCUCAUGAGACAGUGCUGGAGGGAUCGGCCUUAUGAAAGACCCCCUUUCUCCCAAAUCUCAGUGCAGCUCAAUAGGAUGCAGGAGGCCAGGAAGGCCUAUGUCAACAUGGCACUCUUCGAGAACUUCACCUACGCUGGAAUAGAUGCUACUGCAGAAGAGGCCUGACUACCAGCCCCCCCAGGCCCUGGCAUGCCACGCAACCUCAAGAAGAAGCCCAAAAGGUUGUCCCCACGUUACUGCCGCCUCCCCUCUUCUCACCGCAGAGACAGGAGGCCCAGACGCUCGUUCAAAACCACACAGCUAUAGAUGGAGGACUGUGAAAGGACACUACGUGGAUGUAUCUGAGGGAUUAGCAGAUGGAGGGCGUGAUUUUGGACGAAAGCAAUCACUACCAACACGUCAUACCAUGAACAGUCACAUCAUCGUGUCUGUUGUUGCAGAUGUUACGCUUUUGAGUGUCAAGGGGAAAUGGCAAAUCUGGAGUAUUACGGCAUGCUGAAACACCGCAGGGUCUGUGGGGCGUCGGACUUUAUUUGCUCUCUGUUCUUCCAUCUCUGAAUGGAGUCACAAAUUCAUGUUUUCAGACUGGUGGAAACACAUGAAAUGUAGCACUUAAUGCCAGCUUUUUAAAAAUGUUUUAUUACCAUCUGUGUAUUACCACUGCCAUGUGAACUACUGUAUAUAUGUUUUUGUUAAGAGCUCCUAUAGCCUGAAUGUAUUUACCCUGAUAGUACAGAAGCACUAAUGGUAUGGGUAUAUUCCUAUGAGUUGGGGACUUUUGCCCACACUGUAAAACCUGAAAUCUUAAAUUAAAUAACACAGCAGAGCAAGAAAACAAGCCAAAUGUGGAAGUUUGGUGUAGCGGGCAACACUGCCUCACAGUUUGCCGUUUGCAUGUUCUCACCAUGCUUGCGUGGGUUUCUAUCCUAGAAAAGAGCCUCUAAAUUGUCCGUAAGUGUGAUUGUGAGUUCUUUCUCGAUAUGUAUCCUGCAGUUUUUUGGGGGGGGUUUUUGCCUGCAGCUCAAAGUCAACUGGGAUCGGCUCCAAAUGCCCCGCAAGCGCAAAUCAGUACAGGAAAUGAUGCUUUUGCAAGUCAAGUUAUUCUCGGAUCUCAGGAUGUAUUACUUAACAUAAGCAAAUUAGCCCAACAAAAAUAUGUUAGAAGUAUUAGUAAUUAAUGAGUAUUUCAGAUAUUUAAUCUUGCUUAGAUUAGAUUUUAGGUCCACAAUUCUUUGUUAAUGCUCGUGUUGUACAGGACUACCUAUGAUUUGGGUUUUGUGUCUCCUUUGAGUGAUGUUUUUUAACCUAUGCACAUUUUAAACCUUUGGUUUGCUGACUGUUGGAAAACUAGGUUUUAAAACUAUUUUUAUAUGUACCACUAACAAUCUUACAAACAACGUAGGUAUGAACUUCUUACACACAUUACAGUACACACGACUUAAUUCUAACAACCUCCACAAAACUGGUCGUAUGUUGAGAACCAAAGGCUGAAUAGUUGUGAUACUUUUUUGGGCUUUAUAAAACAAACAUUGCAAUGCACUCACUAAAGUGUGACAUUUUGUUGUUUUAUGUAUGUGUUAUGUGGUUCCCCAUAAAGAUUUACUGUUGUUCAUCACCUUAGCGAGAACGCCAUGGGUAGAUAACGAGUUAAGAACAUAUUUUGAUAUGAUUUGAUGUUCAUUUUUCCUGCAGUGUCAAAUUGCUCGUAGGAUUCCAUUCUUGACCUUGAACUGUUCAUUACAUACAACCAUUUUUCUGUCUCCAGUUUUUUAUGUUGUGUGCUCGAAUCUCCUUCACUGAGACUGUUCAAUAUGUUUUGAUUUACUGUUUUUUUAUUGAGUAAAACGUUUUAUACUGUACAUAAACUACUUAGAAUAUUGUCUUCUUCUUCAGCUUUUUUAUACUGCCUGUUGUUGAGACCCUAAGUUAGGGGUGCACAAACUUCCACCGAGGGCCACAUACUGAACAAUGAAAAGAUGCAAGGGCUGCUUUCAUACGCAUUUUGCAAAGC